AGGGGCAGGAGGUGCCAGGGAAUGAAAGAGCCUCCUUCCUUAUUGUCCUCUCCCUUAGAGACCGGCUAACAACGCAGGUCCUGGCUACCUGUCCGGGUCUCAGCCCACGGGCCCGAGGAGGCAGCGUGAGGCGGGGGCCCGACCUCCGCGCCGCGGCUCCAGCCUCCUGCGGGCACCAGGGCAGCCAUGAACAGGAUCUUUCCUCAGCCAAGGACCCUGGAUGGAAACCCAGCGGGGGAAAACAAGGCCUUUGAAAGUGAGGAAGAUUGUUGCAGCCCCUUCUCCUGCUGCACCCGCCGAGGUUUCUGGAUCUCCGCCUGGACCUUGACCCUCCUUGGAUCUCUGAGUCUCAUCCUCUGGCUGAUCAACAGCUUUGGACUCCCACCCCCACCCCAAAUGACCAGGGCCUGUGCGACCACGUCCAACCAGACGGGGUUCCUGUGUGACGACCGGAAGACUUGCCUCCCCGCCAGCCUCCUGUGUGACCGCGUCCGGGCCUGUGCCCACGGAGAGGACGAAGAAGAGGCCUUGUGUGGGAACGUCCCCCACAGCCUGCCCAGUUUCUUGGUGUUCCGAUGCGGCGACCUCAGCUCCUGGACCUUCGAGGAUCAGAAGUGCAACGGCUUCAAUGACUGUGGAGACUGCUCUGAUGAAGGCUCCCGGGCCGGCUGCCCGCCCUGUGGCCCUCAGUGGUGGAGCUGCUCCUCCACCUUCUACGAGUACUGCGGCUGCAUCCCUCGGCGCCUCUGCCGGGACCACGUUCAGCACUGCUCGGACUGGUCAGACGAGUACCUCUGCCCCCGGCCCUGAGGAGCCCGGCCGGCCUCGCCUCCAUCACCGCUGGGCCCCCGGCCGCAGGGAACGGAAGGCAGAGGCCAAGACCCCGGGCCGGGGAAGCGGGCAGGCCCCCCCGGCUCCUCCCCAAGGCCCAGACCCACCGGCCCCUCCAUCGGGGGAGCAGCAGCCUGGCUGUCGGGCCCCCUUUCCCUCCUUACCGUGAUGUGGCCAAGUUACAGCCAGGAGCCUCCCUGCUCUUCCAGCCUCCAUCCUCCCAACCCACCAGCCAAGGGAGUGGGCGGGGGCACAGACUGCGGCCUCCAGACGCUAAGCCUGAUCGUCAUGGAUCUGAGGGGGAAUGGAGAGAGCCCCAGGGGCAGGGCCAGGGAAGGACGGGGCUACAUUUGGACUGGACGGCGCUGAGGAUCAGACACCAAAAGGCCCCUCCCCGGUGGGCUGGCGCAGUCUCCGGGAUGGCGCGGGCUCCGGCCUGGUGUGAUUUCCAGCCUGGCGUGGCACAGUCUCCAGCCUGGCAUGGCAGCACGCCGAGGUUUGUGCGGUGACCUUGGCUGAGCCCCCGUGCCUGACCUGAGCUUCCGUUUCAAGGCUGGCCCAGCGGGGUGUGAAGAUUGCCCCUCUCCCAGGACGGGGACACAGGAGCCACCACUUCCCUCUGCCUCUCAGGAAGCCCUUGGGGAGGAGGCCCAGGGCCAUCCCUGUGGCACUUUCAUUGUUCACCUGCCCCGCUCUCCACCUGGAGCUUGGGGGGCGGGGCAAGAUCCCCCUCAUUCCCUUGGUGUUGGUGGAGGCUUCACAUUCUUAAGGAGCUGCUGUGGCAACUUGCCCAGCAACGUCUCCAUGAGGUUCCCGUGGGGUGACAGCUCCUUCCUCCUCCUCUUCUUCCUCCUCCUCCUUCCCUCCACUCAUUCAGUGCCACCCGAGGCUCAGGUGCCAGGAGAACAAAGGGAGCCCCUGGUGCCCUCUGUCAAUAUUUACCACCUCCCAGCAGGGCCCCAGGUCUGGGAUCAGGGCAUUAAAUACACAAAUUUUUGUGUAUUCACAAAAUACACAGCCCCGCACUAUUCAAACAGGAGACAGAAGGCCAAGAGCCCUUGGGGUGGGUGCAGGUCACGCUCAGUGCUCUCCCCUUUAGCC